AUUCUCAGACCUAUAUCUACAAGACUACAAAGCUUUCCUCGCUCACUCUGGAGGAAAGGUGAACUGCAACAACGAGAACCACACAUGGAAACCUGGUUCAUCAUCCUCGUCUCCCUCUCUCUCUGCAUCCUCAUCAGAGCCAUCUUCUCCCUUAACAAAAAAACAAUCACCACCCCACCAGGCCCUUCCAACAUCCCAAUCAUCACAAGCAUCUUAUGGCUCCGAAAAACCUUCUCCGAACUCGAGCCAAUCCUCCGAUCCCUCCACGCCAAAUACGGCCCCGUCAUCACUCUCCGCAUCGGCUCCCACCGCGCCGUCUUUAUCGCCGACCGCUCCCUGGCCCACCAAGCCCUCAUCCAAAACGGCUCCCUCUUCUCCGACCGCCCCAAAGCCCUCGCCGUCAGCAAAAUCAUAUCCAGCAACCAGCACAACAUCAGCUCCGCCUCCUACGGUGCCACGUGGCGCACCCUCCGCCGCAACCUCGCCUCCGAGAUGCUCCACCCCUCCCGUGUCAAGUCCUUCUCCGAAAUCCGCAAGUGGGUCCUCCACACCCUCCUCACGCGCCUCAAAUCAGAUUCAUCACAAUCCAACAAUUCAAUAAAAGUCAUCCAUCACUUCCAAUACGCCAUGUUCUGCUUGCUCGUUUUCAUGUGCUUCGGUGAACAACUCGACGAUGGGAAAGUCAGAGACAUCGAGCGCGUGCUGCGACAAAUGCUUCUGGGCUUCAACAGGUUCAACAUCCUCAAUUUCUGGAACAGAGUCACGCGGGUCUUGUUCCGCAAACGUUGGAAGGAGUUUCUCAGGUUCCGCAAGGAGCAAAAGGACGUGUUUGUUCCGCUUAUAAGAGCCAGGAAGCAAAAGCGAGACAAGAAAGGUUGUGAUGGCUUCGUAGUUUCCUAUGUUGACACGUUGUUGGAUUUGGAGUUGCCUGAGGAGAAACGCAAGCUGAGCGAAGAGGAAAUGGUGUCGCUGUGCAGCGAGUUUAUGAACGCGGGUACGGAUACUACUUCCACGGCGUUGCAGUGGAUAACGGCGAAUUUGGUGAAGUACCCGCACGUGCAAGAAAGGGUGGUGGAGGAGAUUAGAAACGUGUUGGGUGAGAGUGUGAGAGAAGUGAAAGAGGAAGAUCUGCAGAAACUUCCUUAUCUGAAAGCUGUGAUUUUGGAAGGCUUGAGGCGACACCCGCCAGGACACUUUGUUUUGCCGCAUGCUGUCACUGAGGACGUAGUUUUUAAUGAUUAUUUGGUCCCUAAGAAUGGGACGGUGAAUUUCAUGGUGGCUGAGAUGGGGUGGGACCCUAAGGUAUGGGAGGAUCCAAUGGCAUUUAAGCCAGAGAGGUUUUUGAAUGAUGAAGGGUUUGAUAUAACUGGAAGUAAGGAGAUUAAGAUGAUGCCAUUUGGUGCGGGGAGAAGGAUUUGCCCUGGCUAUAAUCUGGCUUUGCUUCAUUUAGAGUACUUUGUGGCUAAUUUGGUUUUGAAUUUUGAGUGGAAGGUUCCAGAAGGAUUGGAUGUGGAUUUGUCCGAAAAACAAGAGUUCACUGUGGUGAUGAAAAAUGCAUUGUUGGUUCAUCUUUCUCCUAGGAUCUAGACUCUGUACCCAUCCCAUUGUAGAACAAUAAUAAAUUAUCUAUUAAUGAGACUAUAAGAGGUUGGGAAUAGUAUAAAUUGGAAUUGAUAGAUACUAUUUUCCAUUAAUGCAAGUGUGGUCUAUUGGUUUUUACUGUGUCUUGAGUUUUACAUGAACCAUCCAAGAAGAUUCUCUGCUGCCGUUGUGCAUAGCAUAGAGUGAGAUCUAUGUUGUGUUUACUUUUGA